AGAAAUGUUAGUACAAAGUGUCUUGUAACCAAACAUAAUAAAAAAAAACACAUUUAAAUUCAGCUUAUUAUUCAAAUUGGGAGAUUAUCCUUAACUUAGUGAGCAUAAUUAAUAGAUUUCAAAAAUGGCAAAUUCUGAUGAAAUAAUAAUUAAAAGUUUCACAUCAUUGGGAUUAAGUGAACAAAAAGCUAAGGAAACCAUUAAGAAUGCAUCACUUACAAAGAACUUGAUGCUUGCCUUAAAAAGUCUAGAAAAUCAGAACAAAAAAGUGGAGGAAUUGUCAAAAAUGUCAGGGUUAUUAAUUUAUCAUUUAUGCUCAAAAAUUAAGGCACAAUCUAUGCAGUAUCUGGAUCUCUUAGUUGGAAUGAUUGCAGACAAUAAGCUAGACAAUACAAUUCGAGUUGACUUCUCGUUGGAAUAUGUUUUAACACACAGUGUAAAGGCUAAUUUAACCAACGUGGCAGAAUUAGAGAAAUUUUGUGGAGUCAAUGUAAUUGUUACUCCAGAGGAGAUUGAUAAGGCAGUCGAAGAGAUUAUAAAGAAGAAUAAAACAGAAUUAAUUGAACAACGCUAUCGCUUCAAUAUUGGAAAGUUAUUAUCAGAAGUUCGUGCUAAAAUUCCCUGGGCCGAUGGAAAGGCAGUAAAAUCGGAAGUAGAUGUGCAAAUUUUUGACUUGUUGGGCCCAAAAAAUGAGGCUGAUUUAGCACCACAACAACCAGUAAAGGCUAAACUGGCUACUAAAACAGUCAAGGAGGAAGCAACAAGUGAAAAGAAGGAUGAAGAUACAGCAAUGACCAUUAUGGAUUUAAUGAAAACUCGAGUUCAUUUUCAUAAACCUGGCGAAAAUUAUAAAACUGAUGGAUAUGUUACAACUCAGAAUACCGAAAGAUUGCUAAAGAAACAUUUAAAACUAACGAAUGGACAAGUUAGGACUAGAUUCCCACCGGAACCAAAUGGAAUAUUGCAUAUUGGUCAUGCGAAAGCAAUUAAUAUUAAUUUUGGAUAUGCUCAAGCGAAUAAUGGAAUAUGUUUCCUACGUUAUGACGAUACUAAUCCUGAAAAAGAAGAGGAGAAAUUCUUUGUUGGCAUAAAGGAUAUGGUUGAAUGGCUCGGAUAUAAGCCAUAUCAAAUAACACACUCAUCAGACAACUUCCAGCAACUUUAUGAAUGGGCUGUUGUUUUGAUUAAAAAAGGUUUAGCCUAUGUGUGCCAUCAACGAGCGGAUGAAAUGAAAGGUUUUAAUACUGAAAUGAGUCCAUGGCGUGAUCGUCCAAUUGAAGAAAAUUUACAGCUCUUUGAAGACAUGAAAAAUGGAAAAAUUGAUGAAGGUGCUGCGACAUUAAGAAUGAAAAUCACUUUGGAGGAGGGAAAAGUCGACCCAGUGGCUUAUAGAAUUAAAUUUAUUGCUCAUCAUAAAACAGGAAAUAAUUGGUGUAUAUAUCCAACUUAUGAUUAUACACAUUGCUUAUGUGAUAGCAUUGAACAAAUUACCCAUUCAUUGUGCACAAAAGAAUUUCAAUCGAGAAGAUCAAGCUAUUAUUGGCUGUGCAAUGCGUUAGAUAUCUAUUGUCCAGUUCAAUGGGAAUAUGGUCGCCUAAAUGUUAACUAUACAGUGGUUUCAAAAAGAAAAAUUGCUAAACUUAUUACUGAAAAAAUUGUUAGUGACUGGGAUGAUCCUAGAUUGUAUACUUUAACAGCUUUAAGAAGAAGAGGAUUUCCAGCAGAAGCUAUAAACAAUUUUUGUGCUAGAAUGGGAAUAACUGGUGCCCAAGGAAGUGUUGAUCCAGCUAUGCUUGAAGCAGUUGUUCGAGACUUUUUCAAUACAACUGCUCCACGUAGACUUGUCGUUCUUGAGCCCCUAAAGAUUACUAUAAGAAACUUCAUUAGCGACAAACCUAUUAAUUUAACUAUUCCCGAUUUCCCAGCUCAGACGGAAAAUAAAGCAUCGCACAACAUUGUCUUUGAUCGCAUCGUUUAUAUCGAACAGUCAGAUUUUAAAGAGAGUCCAGAAAAGGGCUAUCGUAGAUUAUCUCCAAAUCAAACGGUUGGUCUUCGUCAUGCAGGUGUUGUAUUAAAGGUUGAAAAGGUGUUAAAAGACAACAGUAACAAAAUUAUCGAAUUGAUUUGUUCAUGUGAAAAAGUUGAAGUUGCUGAAAAGCCAAAAGCAUUCAUUCAAUGGGUGUCUAAUCCUUAUGAAAUCGAAGUUCGCUUGUAUGAACGAUUAUUCAUCCAUAAAAAUCCUGAAGAUGCAAACGAAGUUCCUAAUGGUUUCCUUUCUGAUUGUAAUAAGGACUCGUUAAAAAUUCUUAAAUCAUUUGCAGAUAAAUCUUUAUCAAGUGCAAAGGUUUAUGAUAAAUUUCAAUUUGAAAGAAUUGGUUUUUUCUCUGUUGAUCCGGAUUCUAAAAAUGGACAGCUAAUCUUCAACCGUACUGUUUCUUUAAAAGAGGAUAACACUAAAGAAUAAUCGUAUGCUGUUUGUCUUUUUCAUUGAUUUUGCAAUAAAACUAUUAAAACUUAAAUAGGGUAAAUACUUUUGAAAAUUGCACACUUUUGAAAUUUGCACACUCAUAUGAAAAUAAAAAAUACAAAUUUCUCCCAGAAUAUCCACUUCUGAUAAUACUUUCUUCACAAAAUCUUUGCAUAAUUAUUGUACAAAUGUUGUUGUACCAUU